CGACAAUCUUCAAUAGAUACCAACAAGGAUUAUACUUUAAACACUUAGAAAUUAGUGUUUCGGAUAUGGAAAACAAUUCGGACAUUACUAAGAGAUGAUCUUUCUGCUGAAUCCGUCUUACUGACAUUGAGGUACCUGGCUAAAGGAGACUUUUUUUCUGAAGUUGGAGACAUCCAUGGUGUGUCCAAGUCGUCAAUGUCCAGACACUUGCAUGACGUGGUGCUGGCGAUUAACAACAGGGUUGAUAACAUAAGAUUCCCAGAAAUAGAUGUGGAAAGAAGGAGCACAGCUACACCAUUUUACAGGCUUAGCCGAAUCCCUAGGGUGCUUGGUGCUAUUGAUUGCACGUUGAUAUCAAUUACUACCCCAACUUCCCACGAGGCAUCAUAUGUGUGUCGAAAGGGUUACCACGCCUUAAAUGUCCAAGCUGUGGUGGACACUAAGUUGAGAUUCAUUGAUGCUGUGGCGCGGUGGCCUGGCGCAACCAAUGAUGCUACUAUCUUUGAGAUGUCUGGCUUGAAGGAUUAUCUGGAGGCAAAUGCUGUUGGUGUAUUGCUGGGUGAUUCGGGUAAUGCUUUACGAAAUUAUCUAUUAACACCAAUCCUCAGACCCACUGCCAACGCACAAGUGGCAUACAAUGAUGCCCAUGCCAGGGGCCGUGUAGUUGUUGAGAGGGCAUUUGGCAUGCUGAAGUCACGCUUUAGGAUCUUGGUAUUACUGAACAAGAGGCCCACGGUGUCCAUAUGCCCUACUGGCAUGGCUUGUUUGGUCCGUUUUUAUCCAGAGCAUUUAAAGGUUGUUAUGGAGGUUAACAUAUCAUCAUCAUUAACAGUGACGUCACUGCUGGCAGACCCGGUUCUCUAACUUAAAGUUGAAUGACAUGAAAGGAAAGGGUGAUGUUGAGGGGUGUGUGUGCUGCCCAUCUGAAUUGUGACAGGAAAUAAACCAACAUGCCGGGCUAGAGAUGGAUAUGUUCGUGAUAUGUGACAUAUGUUUAAUACAGACUUAAGAUUGUUAACCAAAAUUCAUUACCAAAUUAUGUUAUAAUUGUACUUUUUGUACUUAACUCCACGCCUCUUACCAUUAUUAUACUUAUUCCUUACAAACAUAUUGAUCUUUUAUGUAAGAAGAACACAUACAUGUUUUGUACCUCAGAUAAUAACUCAAUAUGAAUUUUAGUGCAAUAGCCUCGACCAGAGAGAGCUCCGCCGAGAUCUUCAAAUGGCUGUGUUGGCUGCUACACUCUGACCCCCCCCCCCCCCCCACACACACCGCAACAUUCACAUCUGUCUUGAAUCAGGAGUUGGAUCAAUAUCAGAAUGAACG